AUGGAAUGGCCAAAAGUUAUGGAAAAAUGGGAACUAAUGGAAUGUGAGAUGAAACAAUAUGGACAUACACCUGACAUGGCAUUUAAGAUUAAAAUGUUAAUAUGUAUCAUCAUGUUACUUUCAAUAAUUGAACACUUGGCUUCUAUUUUAACGGGAUUAUUGAAAGCUAUAUAUUGCUCACCGGAUGGAAUAGGCAUUUUUCGAAUUUACAUUUUGACAUCACUCAAAACAGUUUUUACGUUUAUAGACUACUCGUUUGUAGUAGCUAUAACUUUGAAGUUUUUAGAUUUUUUGUAUUCUCUUUCUUGGAAUUUUAUGGAUUUAUUAAUAAUCAUACUAGCCUGUGCUUUGACGGACAAAUUCAAGCAGUUCAACCGAAAAUUAGCCAGCGUCAGGGGAAGAGUGCUUCCAAGUAUGUAUUGGCGGAAAUCUAGAGAAACAUAUAAUGUUUUAGCGUCGUUGACUCACGAUUUUGAUGAAUUUCUAUCUCCAGUGAUUUUAUUAUCAUUUGGUCAUAAUUUGUACUUUAUUUGCUUACAACUUCUCAACAGUUUGAAACCUAUGCACAGCUCUUGGGAGGCUCUAUGUUUCGCAUUUUUAUUUACAUACCUAGUUGGAAGAACAUGCUUGGUGUCUUUGUACGUCGCAUCCAUUAAUGAUCAAAGCAAAAAACCAAAAGCUGUCUUAUUCUCUGUGCCAGCAGAGUGUUAUGGAGUCGAGGUAAAAAGAUUUUUAAUGCAAGUGACGUCUGAUGAAUUAUCAUUUACUGGAUGUAAUUUUUUCUCCGUCACAAGGACGUUUAUGCUAACGGUUGCUGGAACUAUAGUCACGUACGAGAUCGUAUUAAUACAAUUUAACAAUGUGGCAAGCGGAGUACCUGAUCAAAAUAAUACUAUUACUAAUUAUUGUUAUUAA